AACAUCCAAGAUGGCGGCUGAUAACGAGUUGGAUGUCUUUAGCUUGACAAAAAUAAGUGAGAUCGAAGAGGCAUAUGGUCAGAUUCAUUUAAAAGAACAACAGCUAAAUAAUGAACUUGAUAGUAUCCUUGAAGAUCAAACCAGAUUGGAUGCAAAAAUGAAUACUUUACAGAAUGUAGUUUCAAGCCUUGGGUUAGUAAUGAGAGAUGCCAACCAUCUGUAUUCAAUGAUAUCACACACAUCAAACCUGGCUGAGAAAGUCAGCAGUAAAGUGAGGCUCCUUGAUCUUGUUAAGAAUAGAGUCCAAGAAACAAUGAAACAAGUGGAUGACAUUCUUGAUCUUAAGGCAUGUGUAAAUGGUGUACAAAAUGCCUUGGAUACUGAAAAUUAUGAACAGGCUGCUGCACACAUUCACAGAUAUCUAAGCCUUGAUGAGAACAUUCUAAGGCAACUUAUUGGAGACAGCAAAGAGGUUUCAGACUUGAGUGGAGCAUUUGUGCUUUUACACGAAGCAGAAAUAAAGUUGAAGCAAGUUGUCAAUGAGAAGUUUGAUGCAGCUAUCAAAAUUGGUGACAGGAAUGCUGUAGAAAGGUUUUUCAAAAUCUUCCCACUCCUGGGUCAACAUCAAAUUGGAUUAGAAAAAUAUGCAAAAUAUUUGAGUGCAAAGAUCGCCAUGGAAAUGUAGUGUUUGCCAAUAGUUUAACCAUGCUUUUUGAGAAUAUUGCACGUAUUGUGGAAGAACAUCAGCCUUUUGUUGAAACAUUUUAUGGUCCUGGGAGAAUGGGUACUUUACUUUUAGAAUUACAGACUGAGUGCGACAAGCAGUCAACACAAAUACUUGACAUGUUUGAGAAACAUCGAGGAGUCAGAGAAAAGUUGAAGUCUGUAGAGAGAAACAUUGGGGUGAAAAGCUCUUCUACAACUGAAAGAUACGAUCCUCGAGACCUGGAUAUUUUGCUUGGAGAAAUAGUACUUAUGAAUUCUCGAACAGAAUUGUAUUUGCACUUCCUGGAAAAUAAAAUUAUGGGGGACAAAGAAGGUAUCUCAGAAGACGAUGCAUUACCAGAUACCAAGGGUAUACUUGAUAAACUCAUCACUAAUAGUGGAGUCAACAGACGUAUGCAGGAGUUGAUUGGCUAUUACAUAAAGAUGGAAGAAUAUUUCAUGAAAGAGACAGCCAUGAAGGCUGUUCGUAUGGAUUAUUGCGAAGCAGACCAAAACGGGGCUGUGACGUCAAGUAUGGUUGAUGACGUGUUUUUCAUCAUCCAAAAAUCCGUCAGACGAUCGCUGUCCAGUACCUGUGUGGAUGCAGUCUGCGCCAUGUUGAACCAUGCGGGAGCAUUUCUUUCUUCUGAUUACCGUGAUGUCUUGAACACGGAAAUCAAAUCUGGUUUUCCAACUGGAAGCAUUGAUCUAUCAGGUGUAUUCCAAGGAAAAAUACAAGUUGGUCUGUCGUCAACUGCUGAAAGCGAUGCCGCGAGGAAGGUUUUUCUGGUGACGCUUAACAAUCUCGAGGUCAGCAGCGAGAACAUACAGAAACUAAAGAAAGAUCUCGAGAUUGAGUGCGAGAGAAAUCCUAACCUUGGCGAUGCUGCUAAGCUCAAGUUAGAGAGUUGUUUGUCUGACCUUUUCUCGACUUCAGAGAUCUUUAAGGAACUUUUGCAGGGUGGUGUAUAUCAACUGUGCAACAGUGCUAUCUUACCGAGACUCAAGCCUAUUAUCGAUGGCUUUACGUCUAUCAACCACAACAUCACGGAGGAAGAAUUUGCGUACUUCGAAGUAAACGACCCUUUCGUACAAAAUUUCAUUACAAAUCUCGACGCGGUCCUAUCUUCAUUCAAGGGUCCCUUGACAGCAAGUAACUACGACUCUUUGGUCAGUUUUGUCACAACUGAUAUCACUACACAACUGGAGAAAGUCGUCAUUAAGGCCAACUUCAAUCGGUUAGGGGCUCUUCAGUUCGACAAAGAGCUACGAUCUCUUGUCGGAUAUUUAACAGCCAUAACCCAGUGGACCAUUAGGGACAAGUUUGCUCGACUCACUCAAGUUUCAACGUUACUCAACCUCGAGAAAGUUAGUGAAAUUAUGGACUACUGGGGUGCAAACUCAGGGCCUUUGACGUGGCGUCUAACACCAGCGGAAGUCAGACAAGUACUAGGACUCAGGAUUGAUUUUCGCAGCGAGGACAUCAAUCGAUUAAAACUUUAGUGGGAAGAAAGUAACAAAUAUAAGAAAAUGUUACUUAGAAAAAAA